AUGCUUCUUAUUCGUACCAUCACUGAUAUAGAUGGUGGUUUUAAGCAUCAAAUUUUUGAAGGCUUUCAUGCUGGUCGCAACGUUCGUUUUGCCAUGAAUUCCGCAGAUUCAGUAAGCUACGAGAGCGAUGGUCAUGAGAAGUAUUCAGUAAAAUCUUGUAGUACAGCAAAAUGUUUGGUCGAUACAUCUAUGCAGGGGGCGGAAAUACAAGAUAGUCCGCGAGGAGGGUCUGUUAAUUCUUCUUCCUCUUCUCUUUCUCCUGUAAGAAUUGACGCGUCAACACCGCAGAGUAUUCCUGUCUCGUCUUCGCAUAAUCCAGCUUGUGCGACACCUAUUGCGGGACAUCAAAUACUGGUGGAUCCAAUUACAGGCCAGCAGUAUUUGGUGGCAGCUGGUCCCCAAACGCAGCUUAUUUACCAGCCAGUUUAUUAUACUACCACUCCAGCACAACCGGUUUUCUACCAGUCAUUCACUCCUGGUGCACAGGGAGGGCAGCAAAGCGUAGGAUCUUUGGUUCAUUCUGGUGCUGUUGGCCAGAGGCUGUCUGUAACUCCUGUAACUUCAUCAAAGUUGAGCUCUGCGGACAGCGGGUCUCUGACAGUUCCAGAUUCUAAAAGUCCCAGGGAUGCUGCUGUAUCAUGGUUUAGAUGGAAUGUUGGUAACUCAAAAAAUAAACAUUUAUAUUUAAGGUUUAAAACUUUGAGCGAGGAGAGGCAUUACCGACGGAUAUGUGGUGAAAGUGAGGUACUUUCUCCUCCAGCUUCACCAUCUUAUCUUGAGAAGUCGCAAAGUUACAAGUCACUUAAAAGUCCGCAAAUUAAGUCAUACACCCCAUCUAGCCGUGAAAUUCAUAGGCCUUCACCACUACUGAAUAUGCCUGCAAGAGAAAUUUGUGAGCAGCAGAGCACUGUAAAGGAACAGAGAACGCCUUUGUUUGGUGCAUCCCCAGCCUGGUGGGGAGAUGAAAAAUUAGAGCCUACCUCAGAAACAUUGCAUAAUGAAGGACAUUCCGUUCCGAGAGCUGCGGGAGGCUCUGGUAAUGUGAAGACUAACGCAACAGCGAUAACAGCGACGGAGGCUGACGUGCAACCCGAAACCCAUCAGCAAUCAGAUCUCGUGUCGUCAGUAGUUCAAAAGAAGAAGGCUGUGAGAAUGGAUAUUGAUUUUAACAAACCGCUCGAUGCUGUAGUGCAUGCUCGCCCGACAUCUUUCACUGUAUGUUUCGACAACAAAGACAAUGUGCUAAUUGAGGAGAAGAUAUCAUCCUUACAGGACGCAGCAAAGAGGAGCACCUCAAGGCGAUUUAUGAGAAGAAGUGCUCCUGCGUCAGCCAGUUCAGCAAAGUCACCUGUGGAGAGUCGCUCAAAAAAAAUAUUAGCAGAAACGGCGGAUCCGAAGCAAUACUUAUUCAAAAAAAUGUUAAUGGGUGAUUCUGCUACAAGCGAAGGGUUCUCAGGAGCGCCAGAAUUUGUUGGGUCUCCUACGGGUCUCGAGAAGCGCGAUGUAGAUGUGAUUAGUGAAGCAGGGACUUAUAUCGUAGAUGAGAAAGAUCGCGUCUUGAAUCCAAUGGUUUCUUCGCAGUGCCUCGGUGAUUCCGACAACGAUAGCGAUUCAAGUGAGUCUACAACAGCUACAACUUCAAGUUCAUCAGAUCAAACGCCUCCGUCCUAUGCACCCAUCAGGAUUAUUGAAAAGAAACCGGUCGAUUCUACUGGAACUAGUUCCACCCAGGAAAAAGGCUCAGUUUCUCGGGGUAUUGCUCAGAGCAAGGGACGUCGGGAAACGCUCAAACUUUAUGAUCCUAAAUCUAGAAAAAAUAUGACCGCUGCAGAACAGAGGAGCUGUUCAGCGGCUUGUUCUACUACAGCUACAGUUUCGCGUAUUUGUGCUUCUAAUACACUCACUGGACGAAGUACAGAUUUGUCAAGUACUGGUGUAGCAUCUGAAGCAGUUACAUCUGGCAAUACAAAACGACAUGAGGUUGACACACCCUCGUCAUCGCGACGUUGGGGAGCUGGUGGCAGUAAUUUGGCCAAUGAAAAUGAGAAUAGGUUAAGAAGUGGGCGCAAAGAAGGCAGUGGCGUUAAAGGUGACGUCACCCAAAUCAGGUUUGUGGAAUUGAGUUUAUAUGAAAAUGCUCUUGGUCUUUUUAAUUUGUUGAAACCUUUGUUUUCGCGACAUUGA